GGGUCGAAAUCACGCGAGACCUCAAAACUGGAGCGUUGUGGCCACGAGACUACAGUUGUGUGGAGUUGUUGUCGGAGAGGGAGGAGGAAGGCUGAGUGUAGACAGGAGGGAAAGCGACAGUGUGAAAAACAAAUAGCGUACAACUUGGAGGAAAUACAACAGUUACCAUGGCGUCGGGGGACACCCUGUACAUAGAGACGGACGGGUCUGAAAUGCCAGCCGAAAUAGUUGAACUGCACGAAAUCGAAGUAGAGACAAUCGAGACAACAGUUGUUGGAGACGACGGUGAGCACCAGCCGAUGAUCGCCUUACAGCCACUUGACACGGACGAUCCUCACUCCAUUCACCCGCACCAGGAGGUGAUUUUGGUGCAAACGAGAGAAGAAGUUGUGGGCGAGGAUGACUCUGAACUGCACACGGACGACGGGUUUGAGGAUCAAAUCCUCAUCCCGGUGCCCGCCGUGGAGGAGGACUUUAUCGAACAGACUCUCGUUACAGUGGCCGGGAAAAGCUCCUCGUCAGGCCGGAUGAAGAAGGCUGGGAGCGGAAAGAAAGCGGGCAAAAAGAGCUACCUGAGCGGGGGUGAAAUGGGCAGAAAGUGGGAACAGAAGCAGGUCCAGAUAAAGACUUUGGAGGGGGAGUUUUCAGUCACGAUGUGGGCAUCGGAUGACAAGAAGGACAUAGACCACGAGGAGCAAAUCACAGGUGAAAACUCGCCUCCAGACUAUUCAGAGUACAUGACGGGGAAGAAACUUCCUCCUGGAGGCAUCCCAGGCAUCGACUUGUCAGACCCCAAACAGCUGGCAGAGUUUGCACGAAUGAAGCCAAGAAAAGUAAAAGAAGACGAUGCACCCAGGACGAUAGCCUGUCCACACAAAGGAUGUACCAAGAUGUUCAGGGACAACUCGGCGAUGAGAAAGCACUUGCAUACCCACGGGCCACGUGUGCACGUCUGCGCAGAAUGUGGUAAAGCCUUCGUUGAGAGCUCGAAGCUGAAGAGGCAUCAACUCGUACACACAGGAGAGAAACCUUUCCAGUGCACAUUCGAGGGCUGUGGCAAGCGGUUCUCUCUGGACUUUAACUUGCGCACACAUGUGCGUAUUCACACUGGAGACCGCCCGUACGUGUGCCCCUUCGACGGCUGCAACAAAAAAUUCGCCCAGUCAACUAACCUGAAGUCUCACAUCCUCACACACGCCAAAGCCAAAAACAACCAGUGAUCGAACCCAGCUAACGACAACAACGUGAGCAUACACUGGAGGACUUGACCUGCAUCUCCGCUCCUUGACAAACUAAUGUCCCGUGGCCUGCUUUGUUGUGAGAUUCCCUUUGUAUCAUCUCUAGGUAAAAAGGUUUAAACAGAGAAAUGACUCUUUCUCAAACUUUUUGAUAUACGUAUGGAGGUUUGAACAAAGGAAUUCGUGAGAACCCCGACCCCCCUCAGGCAUCCUACCCUACUUUGGCGUUACCUGGAUGGAACAACGUAUGGUUUCUUCUUGUGAAGAUGUUAAUUCAUGGAUCUGCACCAAAUAAAACAAAACAAAAAAAACUUAUUUAUACCUUAACACAGCCAGUUAAAAAGUUUUUUGCAAUAGACAAGUUUGCAUCGAUCCUCAGCCGUUACACCUUUUCAAUUUUGUACUCCCCCCACCCAUCCCCCCCCCAUCUCCCCAAAGUGUGCAUAUUGUACACGGUUUGACUUGAGCCCUGUGGUAAUGUGUGUAGUCAUAUUGUUCCUGUAGCUGUUCCUGGAAGAGACUUUUGUUUUACUUUCCCUUCUCCCCUUCAUAUGAGUGUGUUUCGGGGUGGCGUUUUGGGGGUGGGGGGGGUCUUUGCAUAUUUUCAUUUUGUACAAGGCAAUAUCAGAAUAAUGUAGAUAAUAGCCAUGUGAUUUUCAAUAGUGGUCACAGAUUAAAAUGUUUUUCCCCUUUGCACCACCAAUACAGAAAGUGUAAUUUGUUCUCUCACAGUAACAAUUAAAACUCAAACUAUAAUUCACAUGUUUGUUUUAUAAUAUUAUUCAGCUGUUUUAGUAACAAUGUGUCAAACAUGAACAAUGAAGAAACUCUUGUCACUA